CACAUGUGUGAACAUUUCGUCCACUCCCUGAGUAAGCAGGUUGUUUGAGCUCUUCGACUGGCGGUUGCAGACUCCAGAGCUGCUCAGCGCUCAACCUGCACUAUGGCGACAAAAGAAGACCAAGAGGCGCUGCGUCUUCUCGUCCAACAUGUCUCCCGAGGAUUUUACGAGCCAAAGUUCACUAUUAUCAUGGACCAGCUAGCCCGUCAUCCGGUUCUCAAGGAUGACGACUUGGCCGGGCGGAUGGGCCUUCAGGCGAAGGAAUUGAAUAAACUUAUGGCUGUUUUAGGGAACGAUCGCCUGAUACAAGUGUACCGCCAGAACGAGCUCAAGGAGGGGGCACAGAGGUCUGUCGGCAGACAGUACUAUUAUAUCGACUACAAGCUCUUUUGUGACGUCGUUAAAUGGCGUAUCGCAGAAAUGCGGAGAAUUAUAGACUCGGGUCUCCGUAAUGAACUUGACAACAAAGGCUACAUCUGUCCGCAGUGCAACAAAUCGUACACGCCGUUAGAAGUCGACAAGCUGAUGGACUUUUCAAGAGGAAUAUUUGCGUGCGAGGACUGUCACGCAGAAGUUGUGGAGAACGAGAACGCGGAGAACGUUAGGGGGAGUAAGGACCGGAUGCAGAGGUUCAACCACGAGAUGCGGUUUGUUGUCGAAGGUUUGAGAAAGACAGAGUCUAUGGUUCUUCCAGCACUCGAUGUCCCUACCUGGGUCAAGAAUAAUGUCGGUGACGCUGAAAAGCAAAAGACUGGCCAGGUAUCAGGUUUGAAAAUAGCAGGAUCUGGACCUGGUGGAAGACAAGAAGAUGGUGUUGGCAUAGUCAUGUCAAUGGAUAAGGACGAAGCAACGAGACGGCACGAACGAGAUGCCGAGGCAGCGGCAAAGCGACAGCAAAACGCCCUGCCAGCAUGGCAUCUGAAGAGUACUAUCACCGGCGAUUUGACGGCUCUGGGUAUUCAGGAGAGUGCGCGUGCGGUGGGGAGAGAAGGCGAAGGUCUACCGGUGUCCAGCGACGACUCUCUCAAAGGGCUUGGAACUAUUGGCACUUUACCGCGUCCACUCCAGUUGACGACGGUGACGGAAGAUGUCAAACCAGAAAUCAACCAAGAGAUGGAUUAUUACGAUCAAUACUAUGCCUCGUUGGCGGCUUCUAACGCAGUAUCUUCUCAGAACACGCCUUCUGGCCUCGGAAGUGAAGAGUUUGAAGAGGAGGAGCAAAAACCCUCUGUGCAGUACCUAGAUUCCCUCAAUGAUUACAGGAAGCGCUCCCGAUCAAGAGAUGACGAAGGUGCUGCGGCGACGAAGUUGUCCAAAUUAGAGGUGCCAGAACUAGAAUCAAACGUCGCUGGUCUUCCCAGCGUGGACACAGAUUCUGUGAUGGAGGCAAACGGGACGGAUGAUACCCCUGUAUUAGUCAAUGGCGUCUUAAAACCGUUCUCAGAGGUCACAGAUGAAGAUACCGAACUCAUGACACCAGACGAGUAUACCGCUUACUACGAAAUUCUGCAGUCGCAGUCGUAGAUCCAAUUUAUUAAAGCUACCCUGGGUCUGAACGAUACAGGGACACACAUUAUAAUUUUUUACUGAUUCAAUGAUAAUAAUGCAUUCAUGUGUAUUACCGAAGCGCUGGCAGCGUUCGAGUAUGGUGAACUCUCAGAAAUAAGACAAUUGUUCCUCCAUGCAUAGUGCUCAGUCUCGCUGACCGACAGACACAAACAAAACAUGUAUCUGACAGGAAAUGAAAAUUUGGUUGCAAUUCUAAGAUAACAAAGGGCGGAUGUGAGACAUAGACAAUAUUGGGUUGUGAGGAGUGGUGGACGAAGCGAGGAAUACCACAAGAACAGGAAGAGGGCCAGAUACUGGC